GAGAUAGGGAGGGGAAGCACCUCUGCCGCUCUCCUUGCCUCCUCUCCUGUGCGCAGUGCUCCGGCCCGACCGCUCCUACCUUCCCUCCUCAUUUCCUCCCCACAGCUGUCUCUCUCUCUCUCUCUCUCUCUCUCUCUCUCUCUCUCUCUCUCUCUCUCUCUCUCUCUCUCUCUCUCUCUCUCUCUCGUGCGCGCGCGCUCUUUCUCCCCCUUUCUGAUGCUGGCUGUCCUUCUCUCACGCCACCGAGCCGGAGGAAACCCUUGGCAGGGCUGGAAUGACUGACUACCUGUUUUCCGUGGUCUGAAUUUUCGGGGGGCGGGGGGAGGAGGAUUCUGCGCGUCGGCAAGGAGGAGAGUCGAGAAGGAAGAAGGGAGGCUCUCCAUCCCCGGGGGAGAUUUGAUUUUACAGAGGAAUGCCAGUGCCUGAGGUGGCGUCUGACAGUGCCAGUGCCGCCGCCAUGUUGAGCCCCGUCCUCAAUGCCUCCAACGGAGACGGCUCCGAGUCUGAAACCACCUCCGCCAUCCUCGCCUCCGUCAAGGAACAGGAGCUGCAGUUUGAACGUCUGACCAGGGAGCUGGAGGCCGAACGACAGAUUGUUGCCAGUCAGCUGGAGAGAUGCAAGCUCGGCUCUGAGACUGGAAGCAUGACUAGCAUCAGCUCAGCAGAUGAGAAGUUUCGCUGGAACCACCAAGAUGGACAGAAGGACAUAGAGGAGGAACUGACGACUGGCCUGGAGCUCGUAGACUCGUGCAUCAGGUCGCUUCAGGAGUCCGGCAUCUUGGACUCGCAGGACGCUUCUACAGGAGACAGACAAGGACUGCUCUCUCAAAGCGCUUUGCAGCUCAACAGCCAGGAUGCCUAUGCAGCUGCCGGUUACCAUAGCAACCAAGGGCUGACGCUCGGGGAAACGGUGGCGGCGCGCGGCGGGCAGGUCGGAGGCGCGGUUCACAGCUACAACCAGGUGACAUGCAGCCGUGCAGCCGCCCAGUUGGUGGCCACGGACUUGCCCUCUCAGUCCCAGAGAGACCCGUUUGCCCAGCAGGUCCUCGGCAGCGCCUUACACAUGUCCACCGACGGAGGACCCGCACCUGCCGGACCGUCCAUGUAUUACUCCUGUGCCACUUUGCCUGCUCAGCGUGUCAGCUCCCCUCUGCAGGCGGUGGGAUCCCCCACCAAGCUGCAGCGCCUGGGCUCAGCCUCCGCCGACAUGCCCAGCUACGCCACGCUGCAGAGAGUGUCUUCACCCAAACAGUCGCCGAGCCGACUUGCAAAAUCCUACAGCACUUCAUCGCCCAUCAAUAUGGCGGCCGGUUCCUCCUCCCCGCUCCCCAUGGCCACCUCCCCCGGUGGGAACCACACCUCAUUGCCCAUCCACCAGCUCAGCUCGGCCGUGGGAAGCUACGCCACCCUGUCGCCCACCAAGCGCAUGCUGCAUCACAUCGGAGCGGACAGCUACAAGAUCUCCCACGAGCUUUAUGCCAACGCAACCCUGCAAAGGCCUGGGAGCCUGGCAGGUCGAGGCUCCAGGGGUUCGUACAGCAGCCAGCACAGUCACCUGGGCUCCGAACUGCGGCCCCUUCAGUCCCCCGAGCACCACAUUGAUCCCAUCUACGAGGACAGAGUCUACACCAAGCCCAACCUUAGAGGACAAGCCCCAUCCUCCCCCGGUGUUGACCCAAUCCCCUUGCAGCGAACGGGAAGCCAGAGCGCCGCCGGCACCUUCCAGAGAGCCAGCUUCGCCACGGGAGGCGGGGCGGCCGACUACGCCAAUCCGUACCGCACUCUGCAGUUCUGUCCCUCCACCGAGUCCCCUUACAGCAAGUCGGGCCCGGCCCUUCCCCCUGAACCUGCUCUGGGCAGGUCUCCAUCGGUGGACAGCAUCCAAAAGGACCCAAGGUACGACCCCGAAUUCCUUGUGUGGAAUCAAAAUCAAGCCGAGCAAAGAAUGACAAAGGAGUUUGGCUGGAGGGAUCCAGAGCUGCCGGAGGUGAUCCAGAUGUUGCAGCAUCAGUUCCCGUCGGUCCAGUCCAACGCUGCAGCCUACCUCCAGCACCUCUGCUUUGGGGACAACAAGAUCAAAUCUGAGAUUCGCCGACAGGGCGGCAUCCAGCUGCUGGUGGACCUGUUGGAUCACCGGUUGACAGAUGUUCACCGCAGCGCCUGCGGAGCCCUGAGGAACCUGGUGUACGGCAAAGCCAACGACGACAACAAGAUCGCCUUGAAGAACUGCGGAGGGAUACCCGCUCUGGUCCGACUGCUGAGGAAGACCACCGACCUGGAGAUCAGGGAGCUGCUCACAGGCGUUCUGUGGAACCUGUCGUCAUGCGACGCCCUGAAGAUGCCCAUCAUCCAGGACGCCCUGGCCGUGCUGACCAACGCCGUGAUCAUCCCGCACUCGGGCUGGGACACGUCCCCCCACACCCAGGAGGACCGCAAGCUUCACCUGCACUCCUCCCAGGUCCUCCGCAACGCCACAGGCUGCCUCCGGAACGUGAGUUCUGCCGGGGAGGAAGCGCGGAGGAGGAUGAGGGAGUGCGAAGGCCUCACAGAUGCCCUGCUUUACGUCAUCCAGACCGCUCUGGGGAGCAGCGAGAUAGACAGCAAGACCGUGGAGAACUGCGUGUGCAUCCUGAGGAACCUGUCCUACCGUCUGGCUGCGGAGACGUCGCACAGUCAGCAGGGCGGCUCCGAGGAGCUGGACGGCCUGUUGUGCGACACCGGUGGCAAAGACGCGGAGAGUUCUGGGUGCUGGGGGAAGAAGAAGAAGAAAAAGAAGGGCCACGACCAGUGGGACGGCGUCGGACCCUUCCCGGACUUGGCUGAGCCUCCGAAAGGCAUCCAGAUGUUGUGGCACCCCACCAUCGUCAAGCCCUACCUCACGCUGCUGUCUGAGUGCUCCAACCCGGACACGCUGGAGGGAGCAGCCGGGGCUCUGCAGAACCUGGCCGCCGGCAGCUGGAAGUGGUCCGUCUACAUCCGAGCCGCAGUGCGCAAGGAGAAGGGCCUGCCCAUCCUGGUGGAGUUACUGAGGAUAGACAACGACCGGGUGGUCUGCGCCGUGGCUACGGCCUUGAGGAACAUGGCUCUGGACAUUCGGAACAAGGAGCUUAUCGGCAAAUACGCCAUGAGGGAUUUGGUGCAUCGCUUACCCGGAGGCAGCAACAACAACAACACUAGCGGCGGCGGAGGAGGAGGCAGCAUCAACAGCAGCAUCCUGGGGGGGAAGACCAUGUCGGACGACACCAUCACCGCAAUCUGCUGCGCGCUGCACGAGGUCAUCACCAAGAACAUGGAGAACACCAAAGCGCUGAGGGACGCCGGCGGAAUCGAGAAGCUCAUCGGCAUCGCGCGCACCAAGGGAGACAAAAUUCCCAGACAUAGUCCCAAAGUGGUGAAAGCGGCAUCGCAAGUCCUCAACAGCAUGUGGCAGUACAGAGACCUCCGGAGUCUUUACAAGAAGGACGGCUAUUCGCAGUACCAUUUCGUGGGCUCCUCCUCCACGAUAGAGCGGGACAGACAGCGGCCGUAUUCCUCCUCUCGCACGCCGUCCAUCUCUCCGGUGCGGACUUCCCCGAACAACCGGUCAGUGAGUGCUCCCGCGUCCCCCAGAGAGAUGAUGGCAUUGAAGGAGAGGAAGGAAGACUACGAGUCUACCGGCAAUGCCAGUUUCCAUGGCAACAAGGGCGAGCACACGUCCCGGAAGGACGCCAUGACGGGUCAGAUCACAGGUGGAUCUUCAACCCUGCACAGAGGAGCCUAUGUGUCCCCUACUGAUGAUCUGAAGUAUAACCAGGUCUCUUCCCAAGGCUUACCAUCAGAGCCCUAUCCUCCUUUCCAGAACCCCCCGCCACCGGACAGCAGCAACUACGAGGACCAGGCCUUCUACGACAGCCAGGUCCACCCGGGAGGCCGUCCCCCCCAGGGCGACCUCAACAUGCACCUACAGGGACUAAAGUCCACUGGCAACUAUGUAGACUUCUACUCGGCCUCCAGACCCUACAGCGAGCUCAACUAUGAGACCAGCCACUACCCAGCCUCACCGGACUCUUGGGUCUGAAGAGACACGAGGAACGGAGGAGGACAAGACGAAUGACGGGGAGAAGGAGGGACGGUUCAAGUUUGGAGUUCGAGCUGAGAGGACAUUUUGCCUCCCUCCUCUCCCUCUCCCCUGUAGUUUCUGAGUAGCAUUAUAGAUAGCAAGACAAAGGAGGAGGAAGAGGAGGACGGAGUAGUAGAACGGAGACAUUGGGACAGCACACUCCUUUCAGAGACGUCUGAGGACGGCACGAGAGGGGGCCGACGGGAAGAAGAGCUGCCACGCAUGUGCAUGCACACCAACCAAUCGGACACAUUUUGUUCAUGUGUUGCGUUUCUGAUCAACAAGUGUUUUCAAAGAGUGCUCAGCUCGGCAGGAAGACGUCGCACCCCUGAGGGACGAGACAGACAUGAGGAGAGAGUCUGAAUGUACGGGGUACAGGGAGGGAGAAGAGACAGGGAGGAAGGUGUGGGUCGGCGAUCGCUUUGGGGAUCGGAAGGACGGCGGCGAAAGAGGGACACGGUGAAAGUGGUCGUCUGUAAAUAUGUGCUAUAGCAACACGGCUUGUAGUAACGUGAAGCACAAGAGGCAGAGCUGUCAGACGUUUAGUACGUCACUCGUACUUUUAGUUUGGGCUUCAGCGAGGUGUCUCCUUCUCUGGGCUGACGAACGGGAAACGUUUUGAUGGUUUUGGUUUUUUUGUCCGUUUCUUUCUACUUUUUUAAAUUUCCGUGUAUAGUAUUUGAUGUCCCACUGUACGUUGACGCAGAUGCAUUGUGUACUGUACAUUGCACUAUUUCUCAUGUUCUUUUCUGGCCUUUUUAGUUUGUUGUUGUUUUGUUUUAUUUUAUUUUUUUUGCCACUGGGUCAGCCUCACCUGAUAACCUGGCA